AUGUGUGUGUUGGGGGGUUUGGGGUGGGGGGGGUUGGGUGUUGGGUGGGGGGUGUUGAUGUGGGGUGUGUUUGGUUAUGGGGGGGGGGGGUGGGGGUGGGGGGGGGGGGUGGUGUUGGGUGGGGGUGGGGUGGGGGUUUUGUAUGGUUGGGUUGGUUGGGGGAGGAGGGGGGGGUUGGUUGAUGGAUUAUGUUUGGGUUGGGGGGGUUUUGAUGGUAUUGGGUGUAUUUUUUUGGGGAGGGGGUUUAUUGUUGGGGUUUGUGUAUUGGGUUUGUUUUGGGUUGGGGUUGUGGGGGGGGGGGGUUUGUUUGGUGGGGGUGGGGGGAUUGUAUGGGGGGGGGUUGUGUGUUUGUGGUUUGGUGUGUUUGGUGGUUUGGUUUGGGUUGGGGGGGUUGGGUGGGUUGGGGGUGGGUUGUGGUGGGUGUUGGUGUGUUGGGGGGGUGGUGGUGUGGGUUGGGGUGGUUGUGGUGGUUUUUUGGUUGUGGUGUGGUGGGGGGGGUUGUGUUGGGUUUUUUGGGGUGGGGGGGGGUUGGGGUGGGGGUGGUUGGGGGUGGGGGGUUGGUUGGGUGUGGGUGGGGGGGUGGGGUGGGGGGUGGGGUGUGGGGGGGGGGUGUGUGGGGUGUAUGGUUUUGGUGGGGGGGGUAGGUUGUGGGGUGGGUUUUGGGGUGUUUUUGGGGGGGGGGUGGGUGUGUGUUUUGGUGGGGUGUGUUUAGUGUGUUGGUUGUGGUUGGUGGGGUGGGUGUGGGGGGUUUGUGGUUUGUGUGGUUUGGGUGGGGUGUGUGGGGGGGGUGUGUGGGGGUGUGGGGGGUGGUUUGUUGGGGUUGGGGGGUUUGGGUGGGUGGUGGGGGGGGGUGGUUGGUGUGGUGGUUGUGUAGGUUUUGAGGUGGGGGGGUUGGUUGUGGUGGGGGUGUGGUGGGUUGGGGGGGGUUGGUGGGUGGUGUGUGGGGGUGGGUGUUGGGGUGGUUGGGUGGUUUGGUGUGGGGUGGUUUUUGUGGGGGGGGGGGGGGGUGGUGGGGUUUGGGUGUUGGGGGGGUGUUGUGGUGGUGUGGUUGGUGGUUGGGGGUUGGUGGGUGGGGGGGGGGGGGGGUUGUGGUUGUGGGUUUUUGUGGUUGGGUGGGGGGGGUGGUUUGGUGGGGGGUGUGUGUGUUGUGGUGGUGGGGUUGGGGGGUGUUGGGGGGGGUUGUGGUGGUGGGGGGUGGGUGUGGUGGGUGUGUUUUGUUGGGGGUAUGUUGGUGUUUGGGAUUGGGGUUGGGGGGAGGGGUUGGUGUGGGUUGGUGGGGGGGGGGGGUGGGGGGGGUGUUUGUUGGUGGUUUGGUGGGGGGGGUGUGUGGGGGUUGGGUGUGUUUUGUUGUUUUUAGGUUUGGGGUGUGUUUGUUGUUGUUGUGGUGGGUGGUGUUGGUGGUGUGUGGGGUGUAUGUGGGUUGUUAUGUUGUGGGGUGUUUUUGUUGUGUUGGGUGUUUUGGUGUGGGGGGGGGUUGUGGGGUGGUUGGGGGGGUGUUUGGGGGGGUGGGUGGGGGGGUUGUGGUUUUGUUGUUGGGUUGGGUUGGUUAGGGUUUGGGUGGUUGUGUGGGUUGGUUUGGUGGGGGGGGUGUUGUGGGGUGGUUUGGGGGGGGGGGGGUGGGGGGUUGGUGGGGGUGUUGGGGGGGGUGGGGGGUGGUGGGGUGGGUUGGUUGGUUGGUUUGGGUUUGGUUGUGGGGUUUGUUUUGGUGUUUGUGUGGGGGUGGUGUUUGUUUGGGUUGUGGGGGUGUGGUUGGGUGGGUUUGGUUUGGUGGUGGUUUGUUGGUGGGGGUGGUGGGUGUGUGGGUGGGGGGUUGGGUUUUGGUUGUGUUUAUGGUGUUGUGUGUUUGUUUUUGUGGUUGUUGUUUUGGGGUUUGUUGUAGGGUGUGUUGGGGGGGGGUUUGGGUUUUUUUGUAGUGGGUGGGUUGUUGUGUUGGUGUGUGUGUUGGGUUGGGGUGGUGGGGGGGGGAGGGGGUGGGGGGGGGGGGGGGUGGUUGGGGGGGGUUUUGGUUGGGUGUUGGGUGUGGGUUGGGGUUUUGGGGUGUGUGUAUGGGUUGGGGGGUUGUAUGGGGUGUGUUGGUGGUUGGGGAGGGGGUGGGGGGGGGGGUGGGGGGUGGGGUGGUGGGGGGGUGGGGGGUGUAGUGUGGGUGGUGUGGGGGUUGUUGUGUGUGUUGUGUUUUUUGUUUGUUGUGUUGUGGGGGUGGUGGGUGGUGUGGUGUGGGGGGGGGGGGUGUUUUGUUUGGGAUUUUUGUUUUGGGUGUGUGUGAUUUGGUUGGGGGGGGGUGUGUGGGUGGGGGGGAUUGGGGGUGGUUGUGUGGUUGGGUUGUGUGUGGGUGUGUUGUGUUUGGGUGUGUUGUGGGAUUGGUUGUUAUGUUGGUGGGUGUUGGUGGUGGUGGGUGUGUUUGGGUGGUGGGGGGUUGGGGGGGGUGUUGUGUUUGGGGGGGUUGGGGUGUGUGGGGUUGGUUGGUUUGGGUGUGUUGGGGGGGGGUGGGGGGGGGGGGGUGGGUGUUGGGGGUUGGGGGUGGGGGUUGGUGGAUGGGGGUUGGGGUUUUGGGGGUUGGGGGGUUGGGGGUUGGGGGUUGGGGGGUGGGGGUUGGGGGUUGGGGGGUUGGGGGUUAGGGGGGGGGGGUUGGGGGUUUGGGGGGGUUGGGGGUGGGGGGUUGGGGGGAUGGUGGUGGGGUUGGGGGUUGGGGGGUUGGGGGGUUGGGGGGGGGUUGGUGGGUGGGGGGGUUGGGGGGUUGGGGGUUGGGGGGGUUGGGGGUUUGGGGGUUGGGGGGUUUGGGGGUGGGGGGUAGGGGGUUUGGGGGGUUUGGGGUUGGGGUGUUGGGGUUUUGUGGUUGGUGUGUGGGUUUGGGUUUGUGUUGUGGUUUUGGUUGUUGGUUGUUGUUUGUGUGUGUGGGUGGGUUGUGUGGUGGUGGGGUUGUUGUUGUGGGUGUGUUUUGGGUGUUGUGUGUUGGGUGUGGGUGUGGGUUUGUGGGGGGGGGGGUUGUGGGGGUGGGGUGUGGUUUGUGGGUGGGUGGGGGGGGGGGGUGUGUGGGGGGGUGGGUUGGUGUGGGUGUGGGGGGUGGGUGUGUGGGUUGGUUUGUUUUGUGGUGGGGUUUGGUGUGGGGUUUGGUGGUGGGGUUUGGUGGUGGGGUUGGGGUGGUGGGGUUGGUGGUGGGUUUGGUGGUGGGGUUUGGUGGUGGGUUUGGUUGGGUGUUGGUGUGGGGUUUGGUGUGGUUUGGUGGUGGGUGGUGGUGGGUUUGGUGUGGGGGUUUUGGUGGUGGGGGUUGGUGUGGGGGGGGUUUGGUGGGGUGGUGUGGGGGGGUUGUGGGUGUGUGUGGGUGGGGUUUGUGGUGGGGGGGGGUGGGGUGGGGGGGGGGGGGGGGUGGUGGGGGGGUGGGUGUGGGUGGGGUGGGGGGUGGGGGUGUUUUGGGGUGGGUGGGGGUGGGGGUGGGGGGGUGGUGGGGGGGUGUGGUGUUGGGGUGUGUUGGGUGGUGUGUGGGUGGUGGUGGUGGGGGGGGGGUGUGGGGGGGGGUUGGGGUUGUGUGUGUGGGGGGUUGGUGUGUGGUGGUGUGGGGUAGUUUUUUGGGGUUUGGGGGGGGGGUUGGGUUGGGUGGGUGGGUGGGUUUGUGGGUUGGGGGGGGGUGGUUUUGGUGUUGGUUUGGGGUGGGUGGGGGGUGGUUGGUGGGGGGGGUUGGGUGGGGGGGGGUGUGUGGGGGGGGGGUUUGGUGGGUGUGGGUGGGGGUGUGGGGGGUGGGGUUGUGUUUUGGGGGGGGUUUGGGGUGGGGGGGUUUUGGGGGGUUGGGGUGUUGGUUGGGGGGGUUGGUGGGGGGUGGUGGGGGGGGGGGGGGGGGUGUUUGGGGGUGGGGGGGUGGGGGGGGGUGGGGUUGGGGGGUUGGGGUGGGGGGGGGGGGGGUGGGGUGGUGGGGGGGGGUGGGGGGUUGGGGGUUGUGGGUGGGUGUUGGGUUGUGGUGGGGUGGUGGUGUGGGGUGUGGGGUGGGGGGGUGUUGGUGUGUGUGGUUGGGUUUUGGGGUGGUGUGGGGGUUGGUGGUUUGUUUUUGGGGUUGGGGGGGGGGGGGGGGUUGGUGUUGUUGGGGGUGGGUUGGUUGGGUGGGUGUGUGGUGUGUUGGGUGUGGUUUUGUUUGGGGGGGUGGGGGGGGGGGGGGGGGGGUUUGUUGGGUGGGGGGGGGUUUUGGGUGUUGGGUGUUGUGGGUGUGGGGGGUGGGGGGGGGGGGGGGGGGGGGGGGGGGGGUGGGUGGUGGUGGGGUGUGGGUUGGGUGGGGGGGGGGGGUUGGGGGGUGGGGGGGGGUGUGGUGGGUGUGGGGGUUGGGGGGGGUUUUUGGGUGGGUGUUGGUGUGGUUGGGGGUGGGGUGGGGGGGUUGGGGGUUGGGGUGGGUGGGGGGGGGUGUUGGGGUGGGUUUGGGGGGGUUUUUGUGGGUGUGGGUGGGGGGGGGUUGGGGGUUGGGUGGGGGUGUGUUUUGGUUGGGGUGGGGGGGGGGGGGGUUGGGGGGGUUGGGGGGGGUUUGGUGGGGGGGUGGUUGGGUGUGGGGGGGUUGUGGGGGGGGGGGGGGGGGGGGGGGGGGGGGGGUGUGGUUGUGUGGGGUGGUUGGGGGGUUUUUAG